UUUGUGGAUAUAUUAUUAACGUUUUUAAAAAGAUAAAUGUGACGCAGUAUUACUUAUGCUAAUUUCCUCUCGACAUUUCUAGCUGAUAUGAUUCUAUAGAGGUUCUGCUCUAUUAUUUUCAUUGGAAUUAAUUUGGACGAGUUGCGUUUGCUGUGAUUUGUGUUGUGUUCAUAGAAAUGGACGAGCAGACGGGCUCUCCUGCAGCCAACACUGACACCAGCACCCAGAGGAACGGAGAUGAGAAACCGCGGCGAGGCAGUUGGACCAAAGGAAGGAAAAGAAAGAAGCCGAUGAAGGACAGCAACGCUCCCAAAGCCCCUUUGACAGGCUACGUCCGCUUCAUGAACGACAGGCGGGAGCAGCUACGGGCCGAGCGUCCAGACGUCCCAUUUCCAGAAAUUACCAGGAUGCUGGGCAACGAGUGGAGCAAGCUCCCCCCGGAGGAAAAGCAGAGAUACCUGGACGAGGCCGAGCGAGAUAAGGAGCGCUACAUGCGUGAGCUGGAGAAGUACCAGAAGACGGAGGCCUACAAACACUUCACCAGGAAAGUCCAAGAGAAGCAGAAAGGCAAGAGACACAGAGGAGAUGCUGGACACCAAACAGCCAGUGAGUCUCUUCAUGAGAAAGAUGUGGAGGGGAAGGACAGGACCGUGUUUGACAUUCCCAUCUUCACCGAGGAGUUCCUCAACCACAGCAAAGCAAGAGAAGCUGAGAUGAGACAGCUGCGCAAGACUAAUAUGGAGUACGAGGAGCGCAACGCGGCUCUGCAGAAGCACGUGGAGAGCAUGCGGGGGGCAGUGGAGCGGCUAGAGGGCGACGUGAUGCAAGAGCGGGGCCGCAACGGGCUCCUUCGCCAGCACCUGGAGACCCUCCGCCAGGCGCUCACCUCCAGCUUCUCCUCUGUGCCUCUGCCAGGCAGUGGAGAGACGCCGACUCUUGAAACGGUUGACUCCUACAUGAAGAAGCUCCACACCAUCAUAGUCAGUAACCCUCAGGAGCACGAGAAUCUCAUCAACACUGUGAGAGAUGUGGUCAACCGUCUGGACAGAUAAUUCAACCAAAGCUCUGCUGAGGCUCAUUCCAGAUCAACUAUUCCCACGGAGCUGUUGGAUCUUCUAGACUUCACAUCCCAGUUUUCCUGAGAACCUGUUACUCUGCUUUCAUGAUCUUAGCUGAACGCGGCUUCUCAUAUUUAUUUAUUCUUUUGUUUUUUAGACAUUUUAAACAUUUCAGAGAUUUCUGCUCAUUCGUCUCGUUUCAUAUUAGUCACCUUCAUGUGAACCAUAUUCCACAUCACUUCCUGUCAGUUAUCUAGUUAGUGGGUUUGUACUUUAUUAUAUCAAAGAAAAUAUUGUUACUCGUCUCCUGUAUCUUUGCUAUGUAAAAAAACAAUGUGCCAUUUUUUUAUUUGUGUGAUCAAUUUUUGUCUUUUCAAUAAAUGUUUUAAUGAUAUGGAUUUUAAGUUUGUUAGGACAUUUGGGUACAUGUUUGCACUGAAAUGAAAAUAAAACUAUAAACAAGAAAAUAA